AUGAUCGCUUCGGUAUCAACUCCGGCUGCGGCCACCAUCGCGCUGGCUCUGCUUGCUACAUGCGGCCAAUGCACUGCAGUACCUCGAGACGACCCGGCUCUUCUGCGUCGCGCAUGUCCGGACUACCUUGACUACUCCCAAGUGCCGCAUGCUCCUUAUAGCGAUGGUCCUCUCAAACUGCCCUUCCAACGUCCUGCUGCUGAGUGCCGGACCUUUGUCUCGGACUCUGUGGAAAAGGUCAUCUCCGACGUGACCGCCCGUCUGGUCAACAAGGAUCUGGCUCAAUUGUUCACCAAUGCCUUGCCGAACACCCUGGACACGACCAUUGCGUGGCACGUCAACUCUUCAACUUCUUCUGCGUCAAAGAGUUCAAAUAACAGACGGGCAGUUCCCGAGUCCUGGACGGGCGCACAGUCGUUCAUCGUUACUGGAGACAUCACCGCAGAGUGGCUACGUGACAGCACGAACCAACUGGAGCCGUACCAGCCUCUAGCUAAAUCAGACGAGGCGCUGUACCAACUCAUCCUUGGUGCCAUUCAAACCCAGGCGGAGUUUGUCAUUCAAUCCCCAUAUUGCAAUGCGUUCCAACCCCCACCGCCCAGCGGCUUGAAGCCUACUGCCAGCUCUCAAACGGACACUGUUCACCCUACAUACGACCCAUCGGUUGUCUUCGAAUGUAAAUACGAGCUUGAUUCCUUGGCAGCUUUCCUCUCCCUUGGCAAUCAAUUCCAUAAUGCAACGGGUUCAACCGAGUAUUUGACAGAUAGGUGGUAUAAAGCCCUGAACACCGUCCUCGAACUGCUAGAUGCUGAAUCGCAGCCUACCUUUGACGCCGAUGGUCAGUUUGUGGCCAAUGUAUAUACGUUCCAACGACAAACUACCCUCGGAACUGAGACUCUCACCCUGGACGGCGUUGGAAACCCCCUCAACAAAGGCACAGGCUUGAUUCGCAGUGCCUUCCGACCUAGUGAUGAUGCGACAAUUUUCGGAUUCUUCAUUCCUCCUAACGCCAUGAUGGCAGUUCAAUUAGGGAAAACUGCCGACACUCUUGCACAGGCUGGUGGAGACCAGAAUCUCAUCAACGAUCUACGCGUAAGAUCCAACAAUCUUCGCGAAGCCGUGCAGAAACAUGGGAUAGUCAAUAACCCCGUCUACGGUGACGUAUAUGCCUUCGAAGUCGACGGAUAUGGUUCCCGUCUUUUCAUGGACGACGCUAACAUUCCCUCGCUUUUGUCUCUUCCUUAUCUGGGCUAUGUUGACUUAGAGGAUCCUGUAUAUCAAAACACUCGCAAGAUGAUUUUGAAGGCCAAUGGAAAUCCUUACUACUUGAGUGGCUCGGCUUUCAGUGGAAUUGGGGGACCUCAUGUUGGCCUUACCGCCGCCUGGCCAAUGUCCCUACUCGUCCGUGCUCAAACCAGUAACGACGACGCGGAAAUCUUGGACUCCAUUAAUAUGGUUCUCAACUCAAGCCUUCUUGGCUUGGUUCACGAAUCCAUCAAUGUCAACAACGUGACCGAUUACUCAAGGCCGUGGUUCGCGUGGGCGAACUCGCUGUUUGCCCAGACCAUUCUCAAGGUUGCCGAGGAACGACCGCAUUUGAUUUUUGAUAAUGACCAGCCGUAUACUGUUCCUUCUUGA